AUGGGUUUGAAUAAUGGCACAAUUUGGGGUCUGGCCAUCCCCUUGCCAUCAUAUCUCAGCCUUGUAUUAUUAUUUGGUUUUCUUGUUUGGGGGAUUUGGGUGCUGUUUUGUGGGAAUCAGAGCUGGGGGCAGGUGGCAGCCAAGAGAGACUCAGAGACUUCAAAGCAGAAUAAAUUGAAAAAGAUCCAUAAAUUCACAGGUAAGAAAGAUGCUAUCCUUUCCUCUUCAGCUCAAGUUCCACAGUGGGAAGAAAUCCUCAAGAUGGGUUACCUUGAAGCUGACCUGACACGUGUUUCAGGACUUCCUACAUCCUCGGCCCAGGAAUAUGUACUCUGGUCAAUGAACAGGAGUCUUCAACAAAUUUUCCAACACCUGGAAAGUGCAAGAUCAUGUCUUAUGGAACUGGGUUUGCCCAAACCACAGGAUAAGAUUUCUUCCUCCACCUCCUCCUUUCUUGUGGCUCAGGAGGCUGUUCUACCCUGUUGUAACUGUAAGAAGGCAAAACAUUAUACUGACCACAGCAUCUCCUCAGGAUCAUCAUGCAACAACUGCAGCCUGUCUCACCUUCCUGUCUUUUCUGAAGGAGGAAACUGGCAAUACCAGAGCCAUAGUUUACCUGUUUCUCCCAAAAAGCAACUUUCUGUGUUCAGAAACCCAGGCACAUCCCUGCCUCCUUUUCAGCUGUCAGAUCCUGAGAAAUCAAAACUUUUCCAUAAUUUGGCAGGUCUUUCACCCUUACAACCUCAAAGCUCUUUCAUCAACUCUAUUUUUGAACCCCUAAAUUUCUGCAAACAACAAAAGAAAACAAAAGAUAAGAGACGGAGCAAGAGUCAUUUGACAUCAGGUUAUGGGCCAAAUUCUGUUUCCAAGGAGAAGCCACAACUCCCAGGGUGGGCUCCAAUCCCUCUCUCUCCUUUCACUAGGGGGCAGCUAGAAGGACAUAUGUCUUGGAAGGUUUGUACUUUGCGGGAACAAACAGUGCCUCUGCCUGUGAGGGAAUCAUGGGCAAUGCUGAAUUAUUUAAUUGAAGUACAAGGAGGAGUCCCUGAACCAGAGAAGCCCCAAACCCAGUUACCUAUGUCCAUUCAUCAAAGCACUGAGCAAAACAUCAACAGUAAAUCCCCAGACCUUCCAUCAUUACAGCUUCAUGUGAACAUUGGAAAAGAAUCUGGAUUAAAUGGGACAGAAACAAAAAUUUCACAGUCACUUAUCUCAGGUAAGCAAUUACAUCCUGGGGGUGGCCCCCAAAUCCUUGGAUCCAAGCCUCUAGUUAUGUCAAUGGACACUCCACCUCCCAGAAGUUUAAGAGUUAACAUAAUUCAAGAGGAAACUGCUUUACGGAAAAAGGACCCAAAACACAUGCUAGAGCUUAGUAUACAGCAUAAGGUCAUAGGUCUUCCAAAAGAAGGGACACAGCAGCAUAAGACACAAAUGACUAAUGUGGAGUUGACCCCAACGCUAUCACAUCAAGUCACAGAUAGCAUAAAGGUAACUCCACUGGCACUGCUUCAGGUCAUGGAUUCAAUGGGGAUGAUGUCAGAAUCACACUCGGAAGUAAGAGAGUCUGUGGGUUUGUUUCCACGGCCACCAAAUCAGGUUGUGAAGCCAGUGGAUGCCAUGGAAACUGUGAACAUAACUCCCAAAUCACCAAAUCAAGUCACUGAAUCAGUUGAGGUAACCCCAAGGCCUCAGCACCAAAUUAUGGAAUCAAAGAAGAUGGCCUCAAGACUACUGAAUCAAGUCACAGAUGAUGUGAAAGUAACUCCUGUAGCAUUGCUUGAAGUCAUGGAUUCCAUGGGGAUGAUUGAUAAAUCACAUUCAUAUGUUUUAGACUCAGUGGGGAUGACCCCAAAGCCACAAUGUCAAGUCAUGGAGUCAAUAAAGAUGAACACAAUGUUGGACCAUCAAGCCACAAAACAAAGAAAGAUGAGUCCAAGGCCACAACACAGAGUCAUGGAAACUGUGGAAAUAACCCCAAUGCCACAGCAUAAAGUCAUAGAAUCAGUGGGCAUGACCCCAAGGUCACAAAGUCAAGUCAUGGAACAGGUGAAGACCACUCCAGGGCCAAUCCAUCAAAGCACAAAAUCAUUGGAAAUUAUCUCAACACCAUUGCAUCAAGUCAUGGAUUACAUGAAAGUAACUCCAGUGGCACUAUUACAAGCCAUGGAUUCCAUUGGAAUAAUUCCACCGGCACAACCACAUGUUUUAGAACCUAGGGGUUUGACUCCAGAUUCACAGCUGCAAGGUAUGGAAUCUUUUCAUUUGGCCCUACCACCACAGUUUCAAGGCAUAAAAACUGUAGAGUUGACCCUAAGUCCACUACAAGAAGAUAUAAAAUCCGUGGAGUUGGACCUAAAGCCAUGGUUACAAGAUAUCAGGUCUGAGAAGAUAGACCCAGUAUUAUGGCUUGAAGAUGUGAAAACUCAAAUGGUAGAAUGUAGGAGGUUAAUUCCUGAGACACAGGUGCAAAGUAUGAAAUAUGGGGAAUUGAUCCCAGAAACACACCUUCAAGCAGUAAAAUCUGUAGAGACAAACCCCAAACCAAAUCAUCAAGCCACAGAACCUGAAGGAUUAAGUCCAUGGCACCAAGCCUCGGAAUCUUUAGGAAUAAUCUCAGAGCCAGUAUAUCAACAAACGGAAGUGAAGUUCACCUCUGACACUUGUCACCAAGUGGAAGAACCUGUUGGGUUGACACAGUCAUCUUUAAAAAUUACCCCAGGGCCACUGAGCCAAACUUCAAAAUCUAUGGAGAUGAGCUCAGUGCCAUUCCAAAGCACUAAAGAGACAGUUCUCCAACUUGUAAAAGCAAUGAGGGAUAUUCCAGUGUCACAACGCACAACACAAGAAUUUCUAGAUAUACCAGGAUCAGAGAUGCAAAAUGUGAAAUCAGAGGUGUUGACCACAGAGCCACAGUCCCGAGAAAUGAAGUUUGCUCAUCUGAAUCUAGGACCAUGUUUGGAAGUUACUGAGUUAUCAGAGAUACCCCUAAGUUCAGAAUAUGAAUACACAGAAACUGUGGGGUUGGCAUUGCCUCAAGUUGAUAAGACGCAGGGGCCCAUUCCAGUACCAUCAUUUUCAGAAACAGGAUCUCUGGAGUUGACUCUAGGACCAGGGAGGCAAUAUGAGAAGUCAGAGCCGCUACUGCAAAAUUUGACAUCUGUGGAGUUAACCUCUGAGUCAUCCCCAUUAGUGGUGGCAUCUACAAAUUUAAAUAUAGGACCAAAACCACAUGUUACAGACUUGACCCCAGUACCACAGCGCCAGGGAGUAAAUUCCAGGCAGUUGGAUCUAGAGCCACAGCUGCAAGAUGUGAAACAUAUGAAUUUAAUCCAACCGUCAACUACAGGAGUGGUAGAAUCUGAGAGGCUGACACCAGGGCCAGUGCUACAAAGUAUGUUAUUGGAGCAAUUGACUAAGGGGGCACAGCUCCGAGGCAUAAAAUCUGUGGAUUUAAAUCUAGGCUGUUGGCAGCCAAGUAUGAAAUCUUCUGGAUUGACCCCAGGGCCACCGUUGCAAAGUGUCAGAUUUUCAAAAUUAUCUCCAGGACCAUUUCUUCAAGGAGAAAAACCUGUAGAUUUAAUCUCAAGGACCCCACAUUAUGGUGUGAAACCUGAUGAACUGACCCUAGGUUCCUCAAUGCAAGAAAUCAAAUUGUCAGAUUUUAUCCCAGAGCCAAAGCAUCAAAGUGUCAGAUCUGUACAGUUUACGCCAGAACCACAACCUCAAGGUAUGAAAUUUGUGGAACCAAACCCAGGAUCAUGGUUGCAAGAUGUCAAAUUUUCUGAAUUGACUUCAGGACCAAAGCUUCAAGAUGUCAAAUUUGGGAAGCAAAUCCCAGGAUCAAUGUUACAUGGUGGGAAUUCUGCGGAGGUGACUCCAGAGUUAGGGCUUCAAGAUUCCAAUUUAGCAAAGAUGUUUCCAGAGCUUCAAGGUAUGAAACAGGUGGGACUUAACCUAGGGCCAUGGCUACAAGACAUCAAAUUUUUUGAUUUGACACCAGGAACUCAACUUCAAGGUAUAAAAUCUUCAGAGUUAAACUCAGGUCCACAGCUACAACAUGUAAAAUUUUUUGAGUUGACCCCCAGACCAGAGAGGCAAGGGGCCAAGCCUGAGUUGUUAGUACCAGAGCCACUGUUUCAAGGUGUAAAACAGAUAGCAGGGAACCAAUUUCCAAGCUUUGAAGGUGACAUUUCUUCUAAAUUACUCUCACAGACACAGACAUCAAAUGUAGAAUCUAUGGAGUUGACUCCUGGGCCACAGUUGCCAAGUGUAAACCAUUCUGAUUUAACCAGAAGACUACAGUUUCAAGGUAUGGAAUCUUCUGAAUUCAUCCAAGGACCACAGCUGCAAGAUAUAAAACCUGUGGAGUGGACCCCAGUCUCAAAGCUUCAAGGUUUAAAACCUGAUAAGCUGACCCCAGAGCAACAGCUAGAAGAUAUGAAAUCUAUGGAGUUAACCCCAGGACCGCAUUUGAGAGGUAUGAAAUCUAUGCAGCUAACAUCAAAGCCAGAGAUGGAAGAUGUCAAAUCUAUGGUGUUAACCGCAGAGCCACAGGAAGGAGGUCUGAAGCCAGGGGAGCUGACCCCAGGCUCAAAGAUUCAAGGUUUAAAAUCUGAGUUGCUGACCUCAGGAUCACAGUUGGAAGAUAGGAAAUCUGUGGCCUUAACUCCAGAGCCAUGUCUGGAAGGUAUAAAAUCUAUGAAGAUAACCCCAAAUCCAUGGCUGGAAGGUGUGAAAUCUGUGACAAAAACCUUGGGGUCACAGAUAAAAGAUGUCAGAUCUGUGGAAUUCACUCCUGAUUCUAAGCUUCGCGGUGAGAAAUCUGUGGAAUUGACUCCAGGUUCAAGAAUUCAAGAUUUAAAAACUGUGAAAUUGGUCCCAGACACAAAGCUGCAAGACUUAAAAGUUGUGGAAUUGAAACUUGGGCCAAAGAUGCAAGGUGUUAAAUCUAUGAAGGUGCUUCAAGGGCCUCAGCUACAAGGUGUGAAAUCUGAGAAGUUGACUUCAGAGCUACAAAUGCAAGAUAUGAAAUUUGUGGAGAUUACCCCAUGUUUAAAGCUUCAAAGUUUAAAAUCUGUAGAGGAGACUGCAGAUCCACAUCUGCAAUGUAUAAAAUCUGUGAAGUUGACCCAAAGGCUAAAGAAACAGGUAGUUAAAUCUGUGAACGUAACCAGAAAGCAAGAGUUUCAAGGAGUAAAAUCUGUGGAUUUAGCCACAAAGCAACAGUUGAGAAGGAUGGCACCUGUGGAUUUAACUCCUAGGCCUGAACAGGAUGGUCAGAUAUCUGUAAACUCGCCAGAGCAGCAUUCUGUGAAUUUAGAGCAACUGAAGAGAGGGUAUGAGUCAGAAGGUGUAAUGUGUUUGGAGUUAAUUCCAGAGCCAAAAUCUGAAGGUGAAAAAUCUGUAGACCUCAACUCUGAGCUACAGUUGAAAUGUACGAAAUCAUCUGAACUGACUCCAGAACCAGAUUUUCAAGAUGUAAAAGAUAAAGAGUUCAAACGUGAAUCAGACUUUCAAAGUAUGAAAUUUCCUAAGUUCACCUCAGAACCACAUUUAUACCAAGUGAAAUCCUCGGAGUCAACCUUAGAGCCACAGCUUCCAUGUGUGAAAACUGUGGAGUUAAACAAAGAGCCUGAGCUUGGAAGUAUGAGAUGUGUUCAGUGGCUACCAGAACCUGAGAUACAAAGUGUGAAAUCUCUAGGGUUAAAUCUUAGGUCACAAUCUCGAAGUGUCAAACCUGCAGAGUCAAAACUUUCCACACAGUUGGGAGGUGUGAAGUCAUCUGAAUUGGCUCUAGGGCCAAAAUCCCAACGUGAAAAAUCUAUGGAGUUCAACCUUGGGCCACAGUUGCAGUUUGUGAAGACCCCUGAGUUGUCUCAGUUGUCUCCAGGACCACAGCUGCAAAAGGGGAAAAUUUUGGUGUCGACCUCAGAGCCACAGCUUCAAGGUAUGAAAACUGUGGAGUUAAAUCAUGAAGCCAAACUUGGAAGUAUGAGAUGUGUUCAGUGGAUACCAGGACCUGAGUUCCAAGGUGUGAAAUCUGUAGGGUUAAAUCUUAGGUCACAAUCUCAAGGUAUCACACCUGCAGAGUCAAAACUUCCCAUACAGUUGGGAGGUGUGAAGUCAUUUAAGUUGACUUCAAGGCCAAAGCUCCAAGGUAUACAACCUUUGGCAUCACUCCUGGAACAUCAGCCUCAAGGGUUCAAACUUAUUGAUUUGAAACCUGGGCUGUUGAGAAGUAUGAAAUCAUGUGACCCAAAUUCCAGGUUAAAGCUCUGUGAUAUAAACUCUAUGACAUUCAAACCUGAACUUCAUUUGCAAGAUGUGAAAUCUUCUGAGUUGACCCUAGGACAACAGCUGCAAGAAGUAAAACCCUUAGAGUCACCCCCAGGAACACAGCUUCAAGGUGUGAAGUCUCUAGUGUUUACACAAGAGCCACAGCUUCCAGUGGUAAAAUCCGGAGUAUUAAACCAAGGGCUACAAUUUAAAAGUGAUAAAAAUGUAGAGCUGAAUUUCCUACUACACUUGAAAAGUAUUAAAUCAUCUGAGUUGGCUCUUCAAACAAAGCUUCAAGAUAUGAAAUCUGAGUUCAACUCUGGGCCACAGUGGCAAGGUGUAAAAUCUUCUAAGUUAACACCUGAGACAAAGUCCCAAGAUAUGAAAUGUAUUGAGUUAAACCCCAGUUCACAGUUGAAAGGUAUACCAUUUUCUGAUUUGAUUAUGGGGACCAAGACUCAAGGUAUUGAAUCUACACAUUUCAAACCUGGGCCACAGUUGCAAGAUGUGAAAUCUUCCAGGUUGAUUACAGGUAUAAAGCUUCAAGAUGUAAAAUCUACGGGUUUCAGUUCUGGAUUGCACUUAAAGGGUGUCAGAUCUUCUGAAGUGAUCCCACGGGAAAAGCUUCAUGGUGUAAAAUCUGAAGAAUUCAAACCUAGUCCAAAGUUACAAGGUGAGAAAUCUUCUGAUUUGACCCUGGGAAGGAAGUUUCCAGGUGUAAAAUUUAUAGAGCUGGACUCAGGCCCACAACUACAAGACAAAAAAUCUCCUGAACUGAUCAUGGGUAUAAAGCUUCAAGAUGUAAAAUCUAUGGAGUUAAGUUGUGAACCACACUUUCAAGGUAUAAAAUCUUCUGAGGUGAUCCCAGGGACAAAGGUUCAAGGUAUGAAAUCAGUGGAAUUCAACUGUGGACCACAGAAACAAAGCAGAAAAUAUGAAUUGAUUCAAGGGAGAAAGAUUCAAGAUAUGAAAUCUGUGGAGUUCAACCAUGGUCCAAAGUUACAAGGUAUGACAUCUUCUGAGUUAAUACCAGAGACAAAGCUUCAAGGAGGGGAACCUAUGGGGUUCAACUCAGGCCCACAGUUUCAAGAUGUGAAAUAUUCUAAGUUGAUCCUGGGGACAAAGCUUCAAGAUGUAAAAUCUAUGGAGUUCAGUUCUGGACCACACUUGCAGAAUAUGAAACCUUCUGAAGUGAUCCCAAGGACAAAGCUUCCAAAAGUAAAAUCUGUGGGAUUCAUGCCUGGGCCAAUGUGGCAAGACGCGAAAUCUUUUGAAUUGACUCUAGGUACAAAGGUACAAGAUAGUAUAUCUUUGGGGUUCAAUUCAGCACGGCAAUUACAAGAUAGGAAAUUAUCUUUGUUGACACCAGGGAUACACCUUCAAGGUGUGAAAUCUACAAAAUUAAACUCUGGGGAAAAGCUGCAAGGUGUGAAAUCUGAGCCAGUAAAGCUUCAAACGGUGAACUCUACAGCAGUCAACCACGGCCCAGAAUUGCAGGUUGGAAAACUCUCUGAGUUGACCUUGAAAUCAAAGAUCCACAGUUUGGUACUUUCUAAGUUCAGUGCUGGAAAACAGCAGCAAGUUGAGAAAUCUCAUGCAUUGAAUCCAUGGCCAGAGCUUCAAAGUGUAAAAUUUAUGAUGUUCAAUCCUAGGCCACAUUUGCAACAUGUAAAAUCUUCAGAAUUGUGCAGAGGAACACAGCUUCAAGAUGUGAAAUCUAUGAAAUUCAAUUCUGAGGAACAGUUGCAAGAUGUGAAAUCUUCUGAGUUGCACCUGGCAACAAGCCUUCAAGGUAUUCAGUCUUUAGAGUUCGACCCUGGGCCACAGUUGCAAGGGAUAAAAUCUUCUGAGUUGUGUGUAAAUUGUUCUGAGCUGAAUCCUGGGCCACAGCUUCAAGGUAUAAAAUCUAAGGUGUUUUGCCUUGGACCACAUUCGCAAGGUGUGAGUUCUUCUGCAUCCAUUCCAGGGCUGGAACUUCAGUGUGCAAAUUCUACUGGGUGCACCCCUGGGCUGCAUUCUCAAGGUGUGAGUUCUGCAUCCAUUCCAGGGCUGGAACUUCAGUGUGUAAAUUCUACUGGAUGCAAACCUGGGCCGCAUUCUCAAGGUGUGAGUUCUUCUGCAUCCAUUCCAGGGCCGGAACUUCAGUGUGUAAAUUCUACUGGAUGCAACCCUGGGCCGCAUUCUCAAGGUAUGAAAUCUUCCGAAUUAACUCCAGUUUCAAAACUUCAAGGUGUGAAGUCUUCUGAGUUGAAUCCAGAGUCAAAAAUUCAAUGCAUAAAGUCUAUAAAGUUUAAUCCAGGGCCACAGAUACAAGGCAUGAAACCCUCUGAAUUGAACCCUGGAUCAGAAUUUCAAGGUACAAAAUCGAUUUUGUUAAAUCCUGAACCACACUUGCAAGGUGCGAAAUUUUCUGAGUUAACUCCAGGGAUAAAGCUUCAAGGAGUCCAAUUUUUGCACUCACAUCAGCAAGCUGUGCAACCUGUGUUCACUUUAGGUCCUCAGUUAAAUGGUAUGAAAUCUAUGUUAUUUUUACCAGAGCCACUGCUUAAAAAUAUAAAGUCUGUGGAGAUGAACAGACAGCCAUUGCUUUGUAGUGAAAAUUCUGCGAAAUCAAUUUUGGGCUCUGAGUUGCAGGACUUAAAAUGUGAGGUGUUUACACUAGAGCCAUGUUUUCAAAAAGUAAAAUCUGUGGCAUUAAAUCCAGAGCCACAUCCUCAAAGUAUGAAAUCUAAGGAGUUUCCCUCACACCUCAUGCAGCAUAGUGUGGGAUCUACGGUAUUUGUGUCAGAGAAAUGUUCUCAAGAUAGUAAAUCUGUGAAGUCAAACCUAUGGUCACAACCUCAAAGUGUGGAUUCUCUAGGGUUGACAUCAUGCCUCAGGUCACAAUGUGUUAAAUCUGCAGUCUUUUCACCAGAGUCAUGCUUUCAAGACAUAAAACCUUCACAGUUAACACUAGGGUCCCAAGAGCAAGGUAUGAAUUGCCAAGAGUUGACUUCAGGAUGGCAAGGUGUGAAAUCAUUGGUGUUAGCACCAGAGCCAACCAGGAAGUUCCUACCGGGACCAAUGUUGACUAGUGUGAAAUUUUCAAGUUUGUCUCCAGAAUCACAGCAUCAAGGUGUGAAAUUUUUAAAGUUUACUCCAGAGCCAAAGUUGCAAAGUAUAAAACAUGUGAGAUUGUCUUCAGUGCCUCAGCAGCAAACUACAAAAUCUGUGGAGUUAUCACCGGGGUCACUGCUUCAAAGAGUGAAAUGUGGGGAGCUAACUCCACUAACAAAUUAUCAAAUCACAGAAUCAUCUGAAAUAACCCCUAGACCAGGGCAUCAGUUUGUAAAAUAUGCAGAAGUGAUCCCAAAGCCAAGGCAUCACAUCCCUAAAUCUGUGAAUUUGAUUUCAAUACCAAUUUAUCAAGGCAAAGAGUCUUCAGAAAUGGCACAAGGGUUGGCACAUAAAAAUACAGAAACUGUAGAGAAAUCUGUGGGGUUGAUCCCAAAGCCAACAGAUGAAGCCAUGGAAUCUUCAGGGAUGUCUCUGCAGCUAGAUUUUCAAGUGCCAAAAUUUGUUGAUCUGACUCCAAUGCUAAGGGAUCAAGGCUCAAAAUCCUUAGAAUUAACCCCAGAGGAAAGCUACCAAAUACCAGAAACUCUGGAGUUGCUAUCUCAGUCGUGGCCUAAAGUUAAGGAUUUGGGGGAAUUAUAUACAAAGCCACUAAAGCAAGUUAUGCACUCUGAAGGGAUGAACCCAGAGCUCAAGCAUCACAUUAUAGAAGCUAUGGAGUUGACCUCUGAGGCAAGGCUGCAAAGGAAGGAAUUCCUUGGAAUGACCCCAAAGCCAAUAAAUAAGGCCACUGGAUAUGCAGAGAGAUCUCCAAGGCCCUGUCCUCAAGACUUAGAACCUGUGGAGGUUAUCUCCAAGAAAAGACCGCAAAUGGAAAAAUCUAUAGUAUUGACUCCAAAAUCAUUAUAUCAUGUCCCACAUUCUUCUUCACAGGUGAAACCAGAGCUAGGACAUCAAGUUCCUGAAUCUGUAGGUUUGACCUCUAAGCAAUGGUUGCAAAUGGAGGAAUCUUUAGAGUUGUCCCUAAAGCGAACAAGUCAAGUUGUGGGACAUGCAGAAUCUGUAGAGCUCAACUCUAAGACAUGGCAGCAAGGGGAGGUACCAAUGGGGCUAACACAGUUACAGAAUCAAAGUAUGAAACACUCAGGGAUAGCCCCAGGACCACUGGGUCACAUUACAGAAUUUAUAAGGAUUAGCCCAAAGCCACUAGAUCAAGUCACAGAAUCUGCAAAGACACAAAUUCAAGUUGUUCAAUCAGUAGGGGUAAUCCAAGACUCUUCCCCCAAAGUUGUUGAAUCUGUGAAAGCGACAACACCAGGGCCAACCCCUCAAAUGGGAGAAUAUGUUGAGUUGACUUCAAAACUACAAGAUGUGAAACCUUCAGAGUUUACUUCAAGGCUAUGGAUGCAAAAUUUGAAAUCUAAGAAAUUAAUCACAGAGCCAACACACCAAAUUUUGGAAACAAUGGAGUUGACUGGGUUUCAAGUUGUAAAGACUGUGUUAAUCCCAAGGCCACUGCUUCAAAUAGUAAAAUCUGAAGACUUAGCACCAGGACCUAUUCCUCAGGUUGUAGAACCAAUAGGAGUAGCCAUAGGAUCAGAGAUUAAAGUAAUGGAUUGUUUGGAUUUACUCCGAAGGCCACAUCUUCAAGAACUAGUAGAACCUUCAGAAUUAAGUCCAAGGCCAAAUAUUCAAGUGAAAUCUGUAGAAUUAACAUCACAGCAAUCAAAUGCAUUUGAGGAACCUACAGUACUGAUGCAUGAACAAGGGCUUCAAGCUGUGAAAUCUAUACAGACAAAAACAGAGCCUCCUAAAGUCAUGGAAUCUGAGGAUGUGAAUCUAGGACAGGUAUGUCAGAAUAGGGAAUCUGAGGAGUUAACAUCAGGAGAAGAGUUACAAAUACAGAAUUAUUUCUCUGGGUUCCUACACAGUUCUUUGACCCCACUCAUUUCAAGCUCUGUUACAACAACAUCUGAAUUAGGAGGCCCUUGGGAUUCUGGGAUGCCAGAAGUAUCAAGAGCUUUGGAUAUAAAAACCCUUGGGACAGAUAUUUUUCAGCCUGAAGAGCCCUACAUAGACUCUGCUAUACAGUCUUCAACCCUUCCCUUGGCCCUUCAUAAUCAUCCCCCUGAUGAGUCAGCUAAGACUGUGGAAACCCCACAUCCUAAGACCUCAGGAGUGGAUUUCAUAUCUAAGGAGAGAACUAAGAGGAAGCAGAUGGAGGAGCUAGAGAAUUCACUCCAGAGCCUCUCCCAACAUUCACAACAAAGCUGGAAGUCACCAUCUAUUACCUUCCAGGCAGAACCAGGGUCUCAAAGAGGCCUUAUCUGGUCUUUCCUGGGCAGACAACAGAAUGUCUGGGAGAGUCAUGCCUUGCGACAACGACUACCUAGAAAAUAUCUCUCCAGCAUGCUAAUGCUGGGGAAUGUCUUGGGGACCACUAUGGAAAAAAAACUUUGUUAUAAAAUAUCUUUAGCAGAAAGAACCACUGCAGAUACCUGUCAAUCUAUUCAGAAUUUAUUUGGGGUUCCAGCUGAACUGAUGGAAUUUUCCCAGAGCCUUCUAGAAAAGGGUCCAGGUACUAUUUCUCAGCAGUCAGUGGUCAAAAACUACAUUCAGAGACAUACUUUAUGCCAUGGUCACGAGAAAAGACCGAACUUAAGAAUAUGGACACGUGGUUCCACAUCUUCCAUAAUACAGCAAUACUCUGGGAUGAGAGGGGGAAUAAAGAAAACAAACUCAAGGCUCAGUAAUAUAUCCCAGGAAGACAUUCAGCAUAGGCCUGUCUCAUGUGCAGGGAUCCAGUUUCCUGCCCCUGUAAAGUCAGAGUCUUCCCUCAGGAUAUUUUACAAAAGAGAAGAUCCUGUUUCAGUGGAAAAGAGUGAGAACUCACAGAGUGAUUCACAGACUGGGAUUUUCAAGUCCCAAAACUCUCUCAAGCCAAGUUAUCUUUCCCAGGCCAAGACUGACUUAGAACAGUUCCAGCUGCUACAAGAUCUGCAGCUAAAAAUAGCAACAAAACUCUUAAAGAGUCAAAUACCCCCCAAUGUGCCUCCACCUCUAGCUUCAGGUCUGGUCCUAAAAUAUCCUAUCUGCCUACAGUGUGGCCGAUGUUCAGGAUUUAAUUGCUGUCAUAAAUUACAGGCCACUUUUGGGCCUUAUCUUCUUAUCUAUCCACAGCUCCACCUUGUAAGCACUCCUGAAGGCCAUGGCGAGGUUCGGUUGCAUCUUGGCUUCAGGUUGCAAACUGGGAAAAGACCCCAAGUCUCCAAGUAUCGUGGAAGAGACAGACCCAUCAUACCAAGGAGCCCUAUAUCACUAUCACAAAAGAGAGCUAAAAUCUAUACUCGAGCUUCCAGUAGUCCUAAUCCCACAGUAGAUUUCCAAUCUGGAUCUUCUCAGUCCACUGCUCCUGUACAAGUCCACAUCAGGCGAAGACAACGUGGCAGCUCUGACCCAGUAGGAAAGACAGAAAUUGGAGAGCCUGAGCACUAUGAAUUCACUCAAGUUCACUCUCUACCAGAGAGUGACUCUGAAAGCAAUCAGAAUAAAAAAUGGGAUAAAGUGAGAACCAAAAAGAGCCCUGAUUCAAAAUAUUCCACUAAAAGAAUCACCAAAGGACUUAGAGCACGAAACACAAAGUUUUCCACAAACAGUAGGAGCACAAUAGAGAGUCCCUCUAGGGAAUUACCAGACCAUUUAAGAAGGAAGAGGAUUGGAGCAGCUCAGACAAGUACUGCCUCUUUAAAAAGACAGCCUAAGAAAACCUCCCAACCCAAGUUCAUGCAACUGCUUUUUCAGGGCCUAAAGCAUGCAUUCCGAACAGUACACAGAGCUAUAGGUCCUGUUGGGCAGAAGCCUGAGGACAGGACAAGGCCAGACAAUUUGUGGUCAAGCAAAAACUACCAUCCAAAACAAAAAGCCAGGGACUGUUACUUACCAAGAGAUAGUAAAAGAGACAGGACGCUAGUUGUCAAGCUAAGGCCAAAAGGCCCAACCACUAAGAAGGAGGGCAUAUUAUGGGGAGAAACAGACCAAUGCAGAUCAGCUCAACAGACUAAAAGAGAUAGUACUUUCCAACCAAGACCUCUCCGACUGCCCAAGCCUGAAGUUUCCCAAAGAGAUAUCAAUGUCCAAAUUAGCUCAACCAAGCAGUCUUUUGGUACUAUUCAAAAUGACAGUAGCAGCAGAGCAAAGAAAAACUAUGCAAGCGAAAUUUCCAGCCAGGAGCCUAAGAAGUUGCUCAAACCAGGAACCAGAGUUCAGGCCCAAGGGAGAAUCUUACCUGGUUACCCUCUAAAGAGAACCUUGCUCAGUCACCUUAGAGAGAAACUCACACCCAAGGAGCAAAACAACCACAGCUUCUACAGGGAGAGAACCACAUGUAAUACUCACUCUAAGAGGAGCCGACAUAGUCUCUCUGAGAGAAGCCAUCACGGUCCCUCUGAGAGACGUCACAGUCCCUUGGAGAGGAGCCAUCACAGUCCUUUAGAGAGGAGCCGACGCAGUCCCUCUGAGAGGAGACAUCACAGUCCCUCAGAGAUGGGUCAGUGCAGUCCCUUGGAGAGGAGCCAUCGCAGUCGCUGUGAGAGGAGCCGACGCAGUCCCUCUGGGAGGAGAUGCCACAGUCCUGCGGAUAAGAGUCAUCGUAGUCCCUCAGAGAGAGGCCGACACAGUCCCUCAGAGAAGAGCCAUCGCAGUCUUUCUGAGAGAAGCCAUCACAGUCCCAUGGACAGGAGCCGUCGCAGUCCCUCUGUGAGGAGCCGUCACAGUCCCAUGGACAAGAGCCAUUGCAGUGUCUCAGAGAGGGGCCGAUGCAGUCCCUCUGUGAGGAGCCAUCACAGUCCCAUGGACAGGAGCUGUCACAGUCCCUCUGAGAGAAGCCAUCACAGUCCCGUGGAGAGGAACCAUCGUAGUCCCUCAAAGAGGGGCCGACGCAGUUCCUCAGAGUGGAGAUGUCCUAGUCCCUCGAGGAGCCGUGGUGGUCCCACAGAGAGGAGAGGACACAGUUCCUCUGGCAGAACCCAUUACAGUCCCUCUGAGAGGAGCCGGCACAGUCAUUCUGAGAGGAGCCGACUCAGUCACUCUGAGAGAAUCCAUCACAGAACCCCUAAGGAGAGACUCAAGCACAGUUCCCCUAAGAAGCCCAGACAUAGUUUGCCUAAGGAUUUCAAGAGUACUCAAACAUGUCUCCUAGGGACCACACAAAAAAAUCCAAAAGCAGAGCAAGUUUGGAGUCCUGAAGCUAGUAAAUGA